AUGAGUUCCCUACUUCAUCCUCUCCAUAGCGCGAGCCAAAAGUGCCGGCCCAAGCACCAAGUUCUUGUGCUCAAAUGCUAUCCGCAAUAUCAAAAGAACGUGCAAGAAGUCAAACCGAACUCUUCCGAGCUCAGCUACCUUCUGUACUAUGCCAGUACACGGCGAAGUAAGCUGCAAAAGGUGGGCGCAUUCCUGGAAAAGAAAAACGCCCACGAUGUCUGGAAAGGAAGACUCGGCAAUGUUCAAGUUACCCUCCAAAUCCUAACCGCGAUCAUUGAAAAAGCUCCUCGCGACCUCUCCCUUUACUCCGGAUCUAUCCUUACCAUCCUGGGCACUGUUCUGCGCUCAAAGGACAUCAAUAUGGUGGAAGAGACGGUGCCGACAUUCGAAGCGUACUGUAAACAUGUAGAUGCUGCCUCCCUGACGGCAGACCAGCAGCGUGCACAACAGUACUUGUUGAUUGUGCAGCUGUACGCCGGCUUCGCAGAGAAGCAGAAAUCAGCUGGCCGGAGAAAUGGCGAUUCGAUACCGUUGUCACUAAGAUGGCGGACAGUUGGCCUACGGGCGAUACGAGCUGUGGUUGCUUCUGAUGCUCUGGCCACCGAUUCCAGCCAGCAGUUGAAUCUGGUCAUGCCUGUGAUUCUCGAGAACAUGUCGCUAGAGGACGAGGAUGUUUUGUCACACUUGCAAGAGAGAGCAAAGACAUCGGAGAGGUUCGAGGACGAAAUCGCACGAAGAAGGAGAAUCAGUUUGUCGACUGUCACAACGGUGGACACAACCGAUGGGGAUCCGGCUACAGCUGUUGAGACCACAGCUGGAGCAGACAAAGUGGCCGAAGAAGAAGUUAGAGCAUUGGCGCUGCGAUGUCUAAAGCAAAUCUUUUCAAUUGGCGUUGGCAGCACAAGAGGACAGACGAGGUUGGCCACGGCCUUGACACUGAAAUUCAUUGCGUCCAAGAACCCGCCUCGACCCAAUCCAGACAACGUCAGUGAGGGUACAUGGGCGACUUCGCUUUUUGAAGCCAUCGCGCGUUGGACCCCUGUGCAGGAUAGAUUCAUCAUCUUGCUCACCGCCAUGGAAACCCUGGUUCGAACUCCUGUUGCAGAAAACUUACUUGACAAGCAAUUGGUGUUGGCCACAAUGAUCGACUGGCUCUUGAGCUCGUCCGUUAACCUGAUCGGACUCAGCGUGAUGGAUGUCUUGCUCGGAUUUAUUCAACACAUGUUGUCCCUGUUGCAGCUCGCAGGUUCAAAUCCACGGAUUGGAGCAUCUCGUCAGAAUGACCCCAUGGGACUGAUUCGAGAAACAAAAGAAGCCUUCGACCCAAGUACGGUCCUAGCAGGUGCUGGGCUCAACCCAACACCUUCUAAAAUCGAGCUUGCUGCCUCCCCAACCCGAAAGGAGCUUUUGGUGAGGAUGCAGAAAUGCAUCGCCUCUCUUUCUAACCAUAUUUACUAUACCGAUCAGAUAAGUGACAUGAUCACUGCUAUCCUGGCCCGCUUAAAGCCUUCUCCUCAAUCAGAGGUUCCAUCAACAGCAGCUGCAAUCGACGAUCCUGCCGCAGCUACGAAGGCGAUAGCUGAAUCAGCGAGUAUCCAAGAAGAUCCAAACACAUCGUCCUUUUUCUCCUUCGGAACAGCCAGGGUGACGGCACUGCAAGUAAUCCAAGCCAUCUUAACCCGCGCAAAUAGCAAGAGGAGCAGCACCGGUGGGCCGAUAGAAGCACGCGCACGAGUCGGUGUACAGGUCUGGGAGGGGACGCAGUGGCUUCUCAAGGACGGGGAGAAGGAAGUUCGCUUCGCAUAUGUCGAGGCUCUGCUGACUUGGCUUCGGUUGGAGACCAACAAAUCUGAUACGUUGCUACCAAAGAACGGCACACGAAAGCAUGCUUCGAGCAAGAAGCCAGCUUCGAGCGAGAACUUGGCAAAGCGAGCUGUUUCUGGUGCCUCUCGAAAGGAGGCCAAAACUACUCGAUCGAGCUUCGUGAGCUUACUGCAUCUAGCUAUCUAUGACAGCAUUCUGGACGAUGCUGAAAACGAAGCUAAUCUUCUCCUCUCUCAUCUCCUGCUGACAAAAUUGGUUGAACGGCUUGGGGUGAAUGCAGUGCGGAGCGGUCUGCCUAUGAUGUUGAAGCUUCAGGAGACGGCUUUGAACGGAGAAGUUGUUCCGACCGCCGGACGGGUCAAUGUUGCUAGCGUUGUUCAAAGCUAUCUGUGGACUCUUGCGGACAAGUUUGACUUUGAGAUGAGCGCCGUUGGUCAUGAAAUCAACAGCGAAAUAUCUCGCAGAAAACGGCUAAGCAUCUGGUGUGACAAGGUUAGAUUUCCAGCUGUCGGUAUUGACGAAAUACGCGGCACCUCCUCAGGGUCUGAGAAGCAACCUCAGUACUCCGAAGAAAGCGUCAACACGCUAAAACCGUUCUUAUCGGUGACCGAAUUGGUCAACGAGAUAGCAACGUCUUACAACAAGUCUUUGCUGACUCCGCCGAGCUCUGCACCCUCAUCUCCAAGCCGUGUCUUUUCUGUUCCGACUCUUGGGUUUGGCUAUGGCUUCGGCGCAGCCCCAGUUCAUAAACCUUCAAAGGAGGAGCAGCUGCCUGAGAAAGUCAAGGAAGAAAUGACGGCUGGUUGGAGUAGAGAAGCAUGUAUUGCAGCAGUUGAGAAAGAGAGCGCCACUUCCAUGACUGGUUCAAGGACAGGUGGCUCUUCGCUUCCCCGAUAUCAUCUCGGUGUCAAUGGAGCUCGCAAUCACGGCUCUGUCAGUGGUCAGGAGUCACCAGUAAACGCCAACGGUAGUACGACCCCCACAUAUGGGCUGGCAAGUGGGCUAGGAUCUCUGACCAGAGUGCGGAGGCCCAGUGCCAACGGAUCGCCCACGCGGGUUCCGACGACGUCGAGCAGAGAUUCGACUAUGAGAGUGUCGGAUCUCAAGAGAGCCCUUUCUACCUACGCCACCGGAGGUAGACGACAUAGCCCAUUGAGAAAGCCGCUGACAUCUUCACGACGUAGUACACGGAGUAGUCUGACCAGCAGCAUGGUCAGCUGGGAUGAGGCGGAUGACAGAAACCUGUCGUUUCUUGACGUAAGUACUGGAGGUGGACUCAGUGACUCCGUCCAUCAGAUCUCCGACGGGCUCCGACCAGCAACAUCUCCAUCGGCCCAAGCCCCGAGAGACGGAGCUGGAAGCGUAUAUAACGCCGUGACGCUGCCUUCAACAGACGGCGGGUCUCACGACAGCUCAGACAUCCCGCCUGUGCCCAAGAUUCCUUCGUCAUUGAACUUGCCUGGGACCUGGCCACGCGACAUUUCUCCCGCCCGGACCGAUGAGCCUGCUCUCGACAAAGGCCCAUCUUUGCCACAACACAACACAAGUUCCCAAUCAAAGCGUGUCAUCAGUGGUGCUUAUUCAAUAACAUCUGCACCUGGAAAACAGAGCACUUUGAAAUCUUCACGCCCAACCAGUCGGAAGGGUGCCAGCCCGGUCGUCGGUUCAGCACAUGGAAGACUCGACUUGACCUCUCUGUUGGCCGAAAUCCCUUCUGCUAGUGAUGAAAGUACGGGAGGCGCAGACAAUCGAAACAGUCGCCUGAUCAGACCUCCCUACUAA